AUGUUUGGAAGAAAGCAUCUAAUUGAAAUAUAUCACUGGUUUGAUUGUCCAACUGGACCACCAGGACCUGCUGGAGGACCGGGGCCAAAAGGACCACCAGGACCACCAGGAGGAAGCGGAGAACCGGGACCGGCUGGCCGUGGAGGACCACGCGGACCACCAGGAGAAGCCGGAGAAGAUGGAGGACCAGGAAAACUGGGACAACCUGGACAGACGAGAACUCUUCCAUCGCCACCAGGAGAGCCAGGACAACCAGGAGAGCCAGCGAAACGAACUGUUUGUUUUGAGCACGGAAGAAAACCAACGUGCUAA